AUGGCUCGUUAUUAUAAUAUUCCGAACAAAGUUAAUUUACCUCUUGUGUCACCUCCAAGCGAUAUUGAUCCAGUUUUUAUCUGUAAAUCUAAACCGUCUAUUAUUAUUGAAAGUGAAAAGAAAACACCAAGAUCAAUAAAACAUCGUCAUCCAAAUAUAAGUACUUCAAAAGAAAAUACACCUCCAAGGUGUAUUGCUGCACAUCAGAAAUUUCGUAAACCAUGUCAAACAAUGGUUAAAACGAUUGUAACAAAACCAGAUCCUCGACUUAUGUUUAAUUUUAUUGAUGUUAAUACGGAUUCUCGUCUUAGUUACCUUGAAUUUCGUUCUUGGAUGCUUAUGAUUGAUGCAACAUUAGCUGAACAUGAAUUACUUCAAAUAUUUAAUGAAAUGGAUCGAAAUGGCGAUGGUUUUAUUCAAUACAAAGAAUUUCGAGAUUAUUUUGGUGAUGAUCUUUUAACAAGUGAAGCAAAUGUUGCUGAAUUAACUACAUUAUUUAAUGAAAUCAAUACUGAUCAAUCGGAAACUAUAACACUUGAUCAACUUUUAGCAUUUUUUAAUCGAUAUUCAACAAUGAUAACAAAAGAAGAAGCACAACUUUUUCUCGGUAUGGUUUCCGAUGUUGGAAAUGAAAAUACUAUUACACUUAAAGAAUUUUUAAAAGCAAUGCGUGAAUGGAAAGUAUGA